AAUUGAUGCAAUUUGUCGAAAUCGAGUCAGUUUCAUUUAGUUCUGUUGGUUUCUCAUUGCAAAGAGAAAAGUUACCAAGAUGAACUUCGCAUUGUGUUUGUUAGCGAGUCUACUGGUGGUCGGCGAUGCUUUCCAAUCGAAUUUUGGAAACUACGACCGAAACGGUUACGAUUUGGCGGAUGCGGCCGAGAUUGAUCGAGAAAUUGCUAAAACAUACAACCAACUACAACAGGAUGAGAUUUCAUCUGAGUUAGAAGAACAAUCUGCAUUUAAUAAUGAUUAUUCGCCAUCUUUUGACGACACUCCGGUGGAAAUUGACUUUGAAAAACGUUCUAGACCCAGAAUUCUUUCUCAAAUUGAAAAAGAUCGUGGAAAUCGAAAUGCAAAGUUUAACCACGAAAUGAGCCAAUGCACCACAAGUUCCAUAUCGGUCAAUUUAUACGAAGAGUUUGAUCUCGACGAGAAUGACUAUGAAAUCCACGAUUCGCAUUACAACAACCCGCUUAAAAAUGUAACGUGUGAACUCGUCAAAAAAGGCGAUAUUAAACGUGUAGAAGAUCCUUGCGCUUACUUUCCAACAAAUAGCGCUGCUCGCCUUUGUUACGUUCGCAGCAAAACUUGUCACAAUCAAUGGAAAUUGCACCACGUUUGGAUGCGCAGUAAAAGCAAUGGCGCAUGGUACUCGAAGACGUUACAACUCGGCGAUGGAUGCCUGUGCGAUCUUGAAUUUCGUCAUUAAACCAUUUAAGAAUCGAUAAUUUAUGUUAAAGUAUAGCUGGUUGUCUACACUGAGUCGUAAAAUUUAUGUUUUAACUAUAAUAAAGAAGUUUGUUUGGUUGCCUA